UUGUGGGCGGGGUUUGCGGAGGAGGGGGCGGAGAGAUGGUCAUCACGUGUCACAUUCUUGCAGGACUUUGUUGCUAAGCGGGUUGUCAAAGGGAGGUGAAGAGAUGGUGUGGCUUCUGUUAUCUCUGGGACUGCUGGCAGUUGGGCUGGUCCAAGGCCGGCCAUCCUACAAUGAAAUGGUGGACCCUGAAGUUAAUAUGAACAUUAGUGAGAUCAUCAGGUACUGGGGUUAUCCAGCAGAAGAGUAUGAGGUGGUGACUGAGGACGGCUACAUCCUAAGCAUCAACAGAAUCCCAUACGGUGUCAAGAACAAGGACUCCCAAGCAGCUCCCAGGCCAGUGGUGUUCCUCCAGCAUGGUCUUCUAGCUGCAGGCAGCAACUGGGUGACCAACCUCCCCAACACCAGCCUCGGCUUCGUCCUGGCUGAUGCCGGUUUUGACGUGUGGCUGGGAAACAGUCGAGGGAACACCUGGUCAAGAAAACACGUCAGUCUCUCUCCGGACCAAAACGAAUACUGGGAGUUUAGUCAUGAUGAAAUGGCUAAUAAGGAUCUCCCAGCAGUGAUAAACUUCAUCACUAAAACCACAGCAGAGGAGAAGAUCUUCUAUGUUGGUCAUUCUCAGGGAACCACUAUCGCCUUCAUGGCUUUUUCCACGAUGCCAUUGCUGGCUAGCAAAAUCAAGAUGUUUUUUGCUCUGGCCCCUGUAGCCACAGUAGCCUUCACAAGCAGCCCAAUGGGCAAACUGUCCGUCCUUCCAGAAGCAUUGAUUUGGGAUCUCUUUGGAAGGAAAGACUUUUUUCCUCAGAAUGAGCUCAUCAAAUUUUUUGCCACAGAAUUUUGCACUAAGAAACCCAUCAGCGUGUUGUGUGGGAACAUUUUCUUCCUCCUGUGUGGAUUUGAUGAGAGGAACCUAAACAUGACCAGAACACCUGUGUACACCACACACUGCCCAGCUGGAACAUCUGUCCAGAACAUGGCCCACUGGUCUCAGGCUGUGAAAACUGGAAAACUAAUGGCAUAUGACUACGGAAAAGCUGGAAAUAUGGCUCAUUAUAAUCAGUCCACUCCUCCACAAUACCAUGUGCAGGACAUGACGGUGCCCACUGCUGUAUGGUCAGGAGGGCACGACACCCUGGCAGACCCCCAGGACGUUGCAGUGCUGCUCACACAGAUUCCUAACCUGAUGUACCAUCGCCACAUUGAGCACUGGGAACACCUGGACUUCAUCUGGGGUCUGGAUGCCCCACAGGAGAUGUUUGGUGAAAUGAUUAAACUGAUGAGAGAGAACGUGUGAUCAUUUGCUUCAGAGCCUCCAGAUAUCUUUCAGGCUAAAACACGCUAUUUUAUAUUCGAACUGGAAAACAACUACCAGUGCAUUUCUUAAUGUGGGCUGCAGGGGAAAACAGUAAAAGCCCAAGUAGCGAUUUCCUUGUGUUUUAACUUUACUUGUUUUUAUCACUAACAGUUUCUUUACUGAAGAUGUUUUAACAUGUGAGCUGCUGUUUUAUGAAUGUAAUGGAGUCUUUGAUAAGGGACUCAGUAAGAGGUUUACCCUCUUUAUCUUUAUCCCUAAAUCAGUUCUCCAAAAAGGUACCGAUACCCUGUGAAAGAAAAGAUUUCUACAUGCAUUUGCUGGAUUUUAAUGUGCAAUUGCAGAAUAAUCUGAAUAAUUGUGUGUAUUUUCUUUUUUCAUUUCUAUUUUACAUGAUCUGAGUGCACUGACCACAGCAUGCCUUUCUUUGUGAAAUGGAUCCUUUUAGGGACAGUUUGAAUUAAAUUGAAACUAAUUUUAAACAAAUGGAUUUUCAAAAUAAACAUUUAUUGAUAAAA